AUGAUCAUUUACAAGGAUAUCAUCUCUGGAGACGAGAUUAUCUCGGACUCGUACGACCUGAAGGAGGUCGAUGGCAUCGUCUACGAGGCCGACUGUGCCAUGAUCACUGAGGGUGCCGUCGAAGUCGACAUUGGCGCCAACGCUUCCGCCGAGGAGGCUGACGAGGGUGUCGAGGACCAGGCCGUUAAGGUCAACAACAUUGUCUACUCUUUCCGUCUUCAGUCCACCUCCUUCGACAAGAAGGCAUAUAUGGGUUACCUUAAGGGUUACAUGAAGGCUGUCAAGGCUAAGCUCCAGGAGGCUGGCAAGUCCGCCGAGGAGAUCAAGGCUUUCGAGACUGGCGCUUCCAACUUUGUCAAGAAUAAGCUGAUCCCCAACUUCAAGGAUUACGAGUUCUACACUGGCGAGAGCAUGGAUCCCGAUGCCAUGGUUGUCCUCCUCAACUACCGUGAGGACGGUACCACUCCCUAUGUCGUUGUUUGGAAGCACGGUCUCUCCGAGAUGAAGGUCUAA